GAAUAUCCAAGAGUAAAAAUUGGUGUUUUCAUUGAACAACCCACUCCUUUCCUACCUAAAUUUUUAGACAGACUGUUGACUCUGGACUACCCAAAGGAAGCACUCAGUAUCUUCAUUCAUAAUAACGAAGUUUACCAUGAAAAGCACAUCAAGAAAUUCUGGGAAAAAGCCAAGAACAUUAUCGGAAAUAUAAAAAUUGUUGGACCUGAAGAAAAUCUGAGUCAAGCAGAAGCCCGGAACAUGGGAAUGGACCUUUGUCGCCAGGAUAAAGCAUGUGACUAUUACUUCAGCAUAGAUGCAGAUGUUGUGUUGACAAACCCCAAAACUUUAAGAAUACUGAUAGAACAGAACAGAAAGAUAAUUGCUCCACUUGUAACUCGUCAUGGGAAGCUUUGGUCCAAUUUCUGGGGUGCUUUGAGCCCGGAUGGCUAUUAUGCCCGAUCAGAAGAUUAUAUUGAUAUUGUCCAGGGGAACAGAGUAGGAGUAUGGAAUAUUCCUUAUAUGGCUAAUAUAUACUUAAUUAAGGGACAAACUCUCAGAUCAGAGAUGAAAGAAAAGAACUACUUUAUGCGUGAUAAGUUGGAUCCUGAUAUGGCUCUCUUUUUUUCAGGGAAAUGGUAAGGUACUUUACAAAGGGAAAAAGACUCCCCUUCUUCGGAAACAUUCCAUAUGCUCAGACCCCCAAAGGGUGUUUUCAUGUACAUUACCAACAGACAUGAAUUUGGAAGACUUAUUUCUACAGCCAAUUACAAUACCUCUCACUACAACAAUGACCUCUGGCAGAUAUUUGAAAAUCCUGUGGACUGGAAGGAAACCUAUAUAAAUCCCAACUACUCAAAAAUCUUCACUGAUAAUAUAGUAGAACAGCCAUGUCCAGAUGUGUUUUGGUUUCCCAUAUUUUCUGAUGCUGCCUGUGACGAAUUGGUAGAAGAAAUGGAACAUUUUGGACAAUGGUCUGGUGGAAAACACCAA